UUAGACCGUGACCGAGGAGGUGAAGAGACGAAGGAGUAAGAAAAGAGAAAAGGAGACAAACUGGAGGAGGAAGAGACGAAGAGGAGGAGAGAGGAGUUCAGAGCAGUAAAGGAGGAGAAAUAAGAGAAUAAUAAUGUGACUGUAGAGGAGGUGAAGGAGGUUCAGAUCCAGAGGAGGAGAAACGUUGAUGUGACUUUGGAGUAAAAGCAAAGUGAGCAGGAGGAGAAGAGGAGGAGAAGAGGAGGAGAGGAGAGAUAACUGACUCUUGGAGAGUGUUUGAGGAGCAGGUCUGGUCUGAUGAUGGGCUGCUGUCUCUUUGUUUACUAUCGGAAGAAGAGGAAGCAGGCCUCCAGAGAUGCAGACUCCCUCAGCCUCUGCAGUCUGGACAUCAACGAGCCCGGCACCAAGCGCAGUAAACUGGUUUCCAGGGUGACGUCUCUGGCCGCCCUGCUGCCGCCCGUCAAAACCGCCCCGCUGAAGAGGAUCGGAGAGACGCUGCAGCGAUCCAUCAGUUUCCGUAAUGAGACUCAGACGGAGCGAGCAGCUCCUCCUCCUCCCUUCUCCUCCUCCUCCUCCUCCUCUUCCUCCUCCACGAUGAAGACACGUGUUAUCUCAGCGACCGUCUCCAACCCUUCCUCCUCAUCCUCCUCCUCCUCCUCCUCCUCCUCUUCCUCCAUGACGGCCAUGCGGGGCUCCUCGGCCUCGGCGCCCGCCGCCAAACGGCGUGACAGUAAACUGUGGAGCGAAACGUUCGACGUCCGACUCGGAGCGACGCAGACGCUGAGCGCCAAAGAGAUCAAACGCCAAGAGGCGAUCUUUGAGCUGGCUCAGGGGGAGCAGGACCUGGUGGAGGACCUCAAGUUGGCCAAAAAGGCGUACCGGGACCCCAUGCUGAAGCUCUCCAUCAUGACGGAGCAGGAGCUGAACCACAUCUUUGGGACUCUGGACUCUCUGAUCCCGCUGCAUGAAGACCUGCUGAGUCGUCUCAGAGACGCCAGGAAGCCUGACGGGUCCACAGACCACGUGGGCCACAUCCUGACCCACUGGCUGCCCUGCCUCUCCUCCUACACCUCCUACUGCAGCAACCAGGUGAAGGCCAAGACCUUGUUGGACCAGAAGAAGCAGGACCGCCGGGUCCAGGACUUCCUGCAGCGCUGCCUCCAGUCCCCCUUCAGCAGGAAGUUGGACCUGUGGAACUUCCUGGACAUCCCCCGCUCCCGCCUGGUGAAGUACCCUCUGCUGCUCCGAGAGAUCCUCAAACACACGGCCAACGACCACCCGGACCGCCAGACCCUGGACGAGGCGAUGCUGAUGGUCCAGAGCGUGGUGGCCGACAUCAACCGGCGGACCGGUGAGUCGGAGUGUCAGUAUUACAAGGACCGUCUGCUGUUCACGGAGGACGGACAGAGGGACGAACUCAUCGACAGGUCCAGGACCCUCAGCUGCCACGGAGAGCUGAAGAACAACAGAGGACUGAAGCUGCAUGUGUUUCUGUUCCAGGACGUCCUGGUCAUCACCAGGUCCGUCUCCCUCAACGACCAGCCGGUCAGCUACCAGCUCUGCCGACAGCCAAUCCCCAUCCGGCAGCUGGACCUGGAGGACCUAUCAGACGGAGAGAUGAGAGUGGGCGGGUCCAUCAGAGGAGCCUUCAGCAACACCGAGAGGACGAAGAACUUCUUCCGGGUUUCGGGUCGUACCGGCGGUCAGCUGCAGAGCCACUGCUUCCAGGCCAGCGACGCCUUCAACAAGCAGCAGUGGAUCAACUGCAUCAGACAAGCUAAAGAAGCCGCAGCGCAGCUAACCGGAGACCAGCCCCUGGAGACGGGGAGGAGCCUGGAGACAGGGCUGGGUGGGGAUAUAGGGUCACUAGGUGGGACGGGUCUGACUGUAUGCAGUGGUUCGGGGCAUGAAGAUGAAAAGGGGAGGUGGAGGGAGGUGGAAACAGGGAAACAGAGUGUGGAGGGACAGAAAGACGUCAGUUUGUGUGAAGAGGCUGAAGACACAGGUCCAGGUAGGGAAGAGGAGUCAGGUUCAGGAUUAGACGGAGAGACGGGGAAGGACGGCGAGACGAGGUCGAUAAAGACGGGGCAGGAGGACGCUGGGGAGCCGGGAGCCUGGAGGAUGGAUGGAGGAGGAGAAGGAGAGACUCACGAUGCUCCCGCCUCCUCCUGUGAAGAGGAGCAGGUGAUGGAGGAGGAGCAGAGCGGAGCCGGCGAGGGGGAGGAGGAGGAGGUCAGCAUGGACACCGGCGAGGAGGAGCUGGACCUCAGGUGCUGAUGGUCGGACUGAAUACAACAGCACUGAGGCAGCCAAUCAGAAUCCUGGACUUGAGGAUGAUGUCACUGCCAGACAAAGUCAAAGAACUUCACAGAAACACUUUAACUGCUGUAUCCUGACUGCUGGGGACACUUUGUUCUAGACUGCAACUCAAACAGUCGUCAACACGCUGGAAUGUAACUUUACUAGCUGCAUCGAUGAGCCUGUUCACACUUGGUUGUAAAAUGCGUCCUGGGCGAUCGGAUCUCUCCUCCAUCUUGGUUUUUUGAAACCGGGAGAGACCAUAUUUGGACUGUGGAGUAGCGAGGGGUGUGUCUAAAAAUAAACUGUUAACCCUUAACAGGACACUCAUUGAAAUACUUGCAAAUUCCAAAUGUCAACCCUAGAGAAUAUUGGAGGAUGUUACACACUGUCAGAAUGUGUAAAAAAAACAUACGUAAAUAAUAUU